UUUCCCGGCGUAAUUUAUCGUUUUUUUUUUUCGGGGAGUUUCUUCGGGGGGGAAGUUUCUGCGAGAGCUAUGGAUGCUGAUUCGUGGAGCGCUCGCCUCUCUUCGGCUUCCAAGCGGUACCAAUCGGCCCUCCAGUCGAGAUCUGAUAUGUUUAUGGGGUUUGAAGAAAUUGAUGAGGACGAUAUAAGAGAAGAAUUUUCAUGUCCGUUUUGUUCGGAGUACUUCGACAUUGUUGGCUUGUGCUGCCACAUGGAUGAUGAGCACCCAAUGGAGGCAAAGAAUGGGGUUUGUCCAGUUUGUACAAUGAGAGUGGGGGUUGAUAUGGUUGCACACAUUACCCUGCAACAUGGAAAUAUAUUUAAGGUGCAACGCAAGCGGAAAUCACGUAAAGCUGGGAAUCAUUCUACACUCUUUUUAUUGAGGAGAGAGCUUCGAGAAGGAACUCUACAGUCCCUCUUUGGUGGCUCUUCUUGCGUGGUUCCCUCCUCCAACGCAGCACCAGAUCCACUGCUGUCAUCUUUCAUUUUGCCUAUGAAUGAUGAUUUCGGCAGCACUAAGUCUCGCGAUAUGACAGAAACUAGCUCGUCCAAGAAAAGCUCAGAUGAGACUCUGUCAGAGAGGAAAGUUCAGUCGUCUCCUUUAUCUGUCAAGGAGCAAAAAGAGAGGUUGAAAAGAUGCGACUUUGUUCGUGGCGUCCUGUUGUCCACCGUCCUUGAUGAUGGAUUAUGAGUUAUCUAGUAGGUCACGGUCGCGGUGAUGGCAGACGUCAAGUUGUCAUGGGAGCCCAGUCAUCUUCUAGGGUAUGUUUGUUGUUUGUAGUGAAUAUGCCUGUGUACUACUUCUAUUACUACACACACAAGAAGUGUGGAAUAAGUAACGUAGGAAUUAGUUGCCUCUUUGACUUAUGUUGUAGGCCCGAGCAGACUCUGCCGCGAGGUUCUGUUUCAGGCCAUUUAUUAAGUAAAACGCGGAAAAAAUAAUCGCUUUCUUUGCUGAUC